AUUAAAAAAUUAAUAAACAAAAGCAUCGUCCAGCAUAAAUUAUAAAAAUAAAAUUUGAAUAACAGUUAUUUGUAAAAUGACAACAUUUCUGCGUCGCUUUUUCACGCAUUUUGCUGAAGAAUUGACGCCAACUGACUUAAUUGGUUACUUGCAACAAACGCAACAAAAAAUUGGAUUAAAUCAUUUCACAGGCACUUCAGGCAUUGAGAGUUUGUCAUGGUUACACCAGGUUUCACCGUGUUUUGCGUUGCGCGGUGAGCAAAUAAAAAUUAUACAUGAACCAAAGCAUUUCUACGAUACAUUAGUUGAACGCAGUGCCGCUGCACGUGAACGCAUAGUACUUGCCAGUCUCUAUUUAGGAACCGGACAGUUGGAAAAUGCUUUUGUGCAAACGUUACGGCAAAGUUUACAACAACAAACAGCAUUACAGGUAAAUGUUUUGCUUGAUUUUACGCGUGGCACGCGUGGAGAAACUAAUUCCAAAACAAUGUUGCUGCCAUUAGUGCGAGACUUUGGUGAACAAGUUCAACUCUCGCUCUACCAUACACCGGACUUGCGUGGCAUGACAAAACGUCUUGCGCCGCCACGUUGGAAUGAAUUGCUGGGCUUACAACACAUGAAAGUUUAUUUGUUCGAUGAUGCUGUGAUUAUAUCAGGAGCCAAUUUGUCCAACGAUUAUUUUACAAAUCGUCAGGAUCGUUAUAUAUUGAUUGAGGACAAGCCGUUGGCAGAUUUUUACGCACAAUUCAUAAAACGAGUGCAGGAGUUCAGCUUGGCUGUUCGACAAGAUGCCGAAGUCGGUUUACAUCGUUAUUGGAAAAUUUUGCCAUAUGAAGGCACAAAGGAGGAAUUCGUUCGGAGUGCUAAGCAACGUAUAACAGAUUUUAUGCAAGAUGUUUACAAGCAGCAGCAAACACGGCUAGAAGUAAACACAGAUGCGGACACCUGGAUAUUUCCACUGAUUGAAAUGGGACAAAUUGGCAUACAUCAUGACAGUAUUGUCACUAAGCGUUUAUUGUCUAACUGUAUAAGUGGGUCACGUUUAAAAUUAGCGACGGGAUACUUUAAUUUAACACAAGAAUACAUGGACACAAUAACAAAUAAUUGCCUCGCACAAUGUAGCAUACUAAUGGCACAUCCCAAUGCUAAUGGCUUUCAAGGUGCCAAAGGACCAGCUGGUGGCAUACCCGCUGCCUAUACUUUAAUAGCAAAAAGUUUCUAUGAGAAUUUAGUGCGCCGCAAACAGAACCACCGUGUUAAUUUCUUUGAAUACGAAAAGGAAGGUUGGACAUAUCACGCAAAAGGUUUAUGGUAUUAUCUACCGGAGUCAACAUUACCAAAUUUAACAUUAAUUGGUUCCUCGAAUUUUGGUGAACGCUCUGUUAACCGCGACUUAGAAACACAGGUCUGUUUAGUUACCAACAAUACCGGCUUAAGUAAUCGUUUGCAAGCUGAAGCGGAUCGUUUGUUUGCCUUGUCGAAAACCGCCGAACGGGAAAUUGUUUUGCGGCCGAUACCACGUUGGGUGCAAGCUGUAGUUAAAAUUUUCCGAAACUUCUUUUAAAUGCAUACACAAAUGUGUGACGUGUUGGGGACAACACCUUUCCUGAAACUUUCACUUAGUCUCAUUACUUGUUACCAAAUUUUGUAAUUUUUAUAUGACAUUAUAUUUAUGGACCUCAGACAGUA